GGAGGAAAGAGCACGGGAAAACAUGUGAGCGGUCUGAGGACUUUAGUGAGAGACAACUUUUAUGUCUUCUAUGUUUUUUUGACCCCGUGCAUGCACAAACCGCCUUGCUGUGCUUAAAAGGAAUUACAUCUAAAGGAACGUCACGGCUCUUUUGCAGUUCACGGUGUUUUGGGGGUUUUGACUUUUUGUGUUCAUCAGGAUAAAUUGUGUUAUUGUUUUGAUUUGAUUUAAUUUUUAUUUCUGAGUUGUACUAUAUAAGCAGAAGCAAAAAUAAUUUAUUUUUAAACACCUUUUUUUUUUAUAGCAGUGGGUCAAAUUCAGGACACCUGCUCUGACAAACAGCAUAUUUGUAAUUUUCUUGUAGUAAUUGGCUUCUGCUGCUUCCAGAAAUAUAGCCCAAAAAUAAAAACAUAUAUAUUACAUUGCAGGUUAACACCACUCUUUUAUUUCAUAGGGGGGGGGUGCAGAUCUUGUGUUUUUUAUUUUAUUUUGUAUUUUCAUAUUUUUUGUUAAUUUUAUGAUUUUUUAAACUAUGAAGCAUUUGCCAUUUGUGCUCGUUCUGGCCAUCGCGGUCAACGUGUGGGAAUGUGGAGACGCAAAAUUCGGCGAGAGGGGUGAAAUUAGCCCCAGGAGGAGAAGAUGUUACGACGGAAGCUUGCCCAAGCGGCUGAAGAAAAGGGAGCGAAAAGUGUUGCUUGACGGCAGCAGCAGCGGAGAAGUUUGCCACAGGUUGUAUCCCCGUGUGUCCUGUUGUCCCACCAGGAGAGCCGCCUAUCAGAUCCUGCACCGCAGGGAUGCCAGGAUUUUCUCCACCAACAACACCGAAUGUGGACGUCUCCUGGAGGAGAUCAAGUGUGCUCGCUGCUCCCCCAAUGCCCAGGUGUUGUUCCACUCCUUGGACAUGGAUAAGAUGCCACACAGGGAGCCAGACCUGCCGCGGCUCUGCCAGGACUUCUGCCGAGAGUUCUACUACACCUGCAGGGGGCACAUACCAGAACUGUUCCAAGCCGAUGUGGAUGAGUUCUGCCAAUACUAUGGGAGGAGAGAUGGCAGUCUGUGCUUUCCAGAUUUUCAACGAAAGCAACCACAAGGGCAAGAUUCCAACUACUUGGGAGAUGAGAAAAUAGAAGAUAUCAGCAGGAAACACAAACACAACUGCUACUGUGCCCAGGAGGUGUUGAGUGGUCUGAGGCAGCCGGUGGCCGUGGUGCACUGUGGGGAUGGAUCCCAGCGGCUCUUUGUACUGGAGAGGGAGGGAAUUGUCAGGAUACUCAACCAUGACCUGGAGCUAAUCAAGGAGCCCUUCCUGGACAUCCACAAGCUGGUGCAGAACGGCCUGAAGGGUGGAGAUGAAAGGGGCCUGCUAAGCCUGGCAUUCCACCCCAAUUACAAGAAGAAUGGCAAGCUCUACGUCUCCUACACCACCAACCAAGAGCGCUGGGCCAUCGGACCACACGACCACAUUCUCCGUGUGGUUGAAUACACCGUUUCGAGGAAAAACCCGAACCAGGUGGACACCUGGACUGUCCGGGUGCUGAUGGAAGUGGCAGAGCUGCACAGGAAGCACCUAGGCGGUCAACUUUUGUUCAGCCCUGAUGGUCUGUUGCACAUCGUCCUGGGAGACGGCAUGAUCACCCUGGAUGAUAUGGAGGAGAUGGAUGGACUCAGUGAUUUCACAGGGUCCGUGCUGAGGGUAGAUGUGGACACAGACGGCUGUACAUCACCUUAUUCCAUACCGCGGGACAAUCCGUACUUCAACAGCACCAACCAGCCACCUGAAAUAUUUGCUCAUGGAUUACAUGACCCAGGCAGGUGUGCAGUGGAUCGGCUUCAGUCGGACAAUGGGAGUCUCCUGAUCCUCUGUACAGACGCCAGUGGCAAAAACACAUCAGUAGGAAGAAUACUGGAGAUAACUCAGGGGAAAGAUUAUGAAAAUGAGCCUUCUGUCUAUGACCUGCAUACCAGUGGAGGAGCACCACCUGUGGGGGGCUUCAUCUACAGGGGCUGCCAGUCUAGAAGACUUUAUGGCAGCUACGUGUUUGGAGAUAAAAAUGGGAACCUGCGGAUCCUCCAGAAGUCUACAUUGUCAGCAUCAGCAAGUGGUGAACAGUGGCAGGAGAAAGCUCUGUGUCUGGGCUCGGCCGGCUCCUGUGGCUCCAUGCUUGUGGGACACAUCUUGGGUUUCGGAGAGGAUGAACUAGGUGAAGUCUACAUACUGGCAAGCAGUAAAGGCAUGGCGCAGACACACAGUGCGAAACUCUACAAGCUGGUAGAUCCCAAAAGGCCUCAUGCCCCGAAGGAGUGCCAGCGUCAGGUGGAGCCUCCAGAGCUGCUGAUGACAGCUUGUUCCAGACACUGUAAGAACGGACACUGCACUCCUACCGGCAAGUGCUGCUGCAGCCCCGGCUGGGAGGGACCCUUCUGCCGAGUUGCCAAGUGUGAACCAGCCUGCCGCAACGGAGGAGUGUGUAUGGAGCCCAACAAGUGCCUGUGUAAGACCGGCUACUCUGGGCCCCAGUGUGAGAAGAGUGAGCGGGGCAUGCCCAACGACCAGGAGAAAGACGGCAUACUGGACCACAUCAUUGACAUGACCUCGUACCUCCUAGACCUGACCAGCUAUAUCGUAUAGGGGCGCGCAGAGGGGGGCUGCUCCCCGCUGUCAUCCUCAAGUUGACACAAAUCUACCUACCUACCACCAGCAGACUCUAACGAGGUGUCCUUAAUACGGCCACUUAAUCUCCCUCACACCCACACAGGCAUGUACACACAUAUAAAUACACACAGGAUCCCUGUUAGACUGCUUCUCAUCCUCAUCCUCAUCACCAAACCAAACUCUUCCUCUUUCGCCUAUAAGCUACUUGCUCUUGAGCACCAGGCCUGGCAUCCAAGCCGUGUUCACACUUCGGAGAGACCUGCAGACGGCAGAGGAGAUGAUUGAUAAGCAUGGCCAAGUUAUGGAAGUUCCACUAAGACAUUUCCUCUCUCGUUCAGAUAACGCUCGCACCCCGGCUGACUCCACAAAGGAACAGGAACUCCACAGGAACAGACCAUUUUAACCCAAGACUUUGGAUCUUUUCAGGGGCUAUCUGUAUCCUUACCUAAGACCCAACAAUAAAUGGAGUUUGAGGCAUUUUCGGCGGAGACAGUCGAUCGUUCAGGGGGUACUUUUAAGGAUUCAAAAUUGUAAAGGAGCGGCGUGGCUCAAGAUCCAGUUUGUGCUCAUGGUCCAUUUAUAUCCCAGCAAAAUAAAUUUCUACAUAAACAGACUUUGAAGGAACACUCUGCACCUCUGAAGUCAAUGAAAGUCGUGGGUCACAUAGAGCCCGCAGUGCUGUAAUAUUCUAAAGGCACUAAUACAAGAGAGACGAACCAUAUCGUCUCACUUAUGAUGUUGUAUUUAGUUUGUGGGCACAUUGUCAUAAAAAGCUAUAACAGUAUACAGUGUGUAUACUUUGUUUUGCAACACUCACUUGUUAUCAGUGUACAGAACGGAUCUACGACAGAGGACUGUCACCGACACAGAAAGAGGAGCGACUGAGUGAGAACGUUUUUGUCAAAGCCAGUUUCAUACAAUCUGAACAGAGUUGUUGGCUCCCAUGCACUGUAUUCAUUUUUUGUUUCAUUCACUUUAUUAUUCAAAAUGAAUUAAAAAAAAAAAACCUUUAUUAAAAGCGCAAUGAGAGUAGUGUAACAUUCACACAUACACGCCACACUGUCACAGGUAUGGUUUAACAAAACUCCUUUCAUUGCGUCACACACUGAAACUGAACCCGAACUCAAAACUACAAAGGGAAGAGAUAGCGCGGUGAUGUAUAUUUCCAAUAGAGCUUACCUAAGUACUACUUAGCAUUGCAAAAAAAAAACACAAAAAAACUAUAGCAUUACUAUUGUUAUCAUAGAGGAGGGUUUAUUUUUUUAAGCGUAAUAAUAUAUGGGAGAGAAUGGUGUUUAUAGAAAGCAGUUUUACACUAAGCUUGUCAGUUCAUGUCAUUUCAUGUUCUUGUACUUAUACAUACGCAGCUUUUUCCUCUGUUAAGAAAGAUGUGUACAAGUUUUUUUUUCUACUUUCUUCCCCCCCCCCACACACACACACUAUAAAAGUAAUGCAUGUCUGCGCCUGCAGAGAGUAAUUCGGAGCAGUUGGCUGAGUCCAUCUAAUUCUUAUCCCUGACAUGUGGUUUCAUUACUCCUGUCAGAAACGUGUCUCUGUUGUGAGAUGAUCAAACGUCUCGUCGGGCCACCAAGUCACUGUGGAAGCAGUUCAGAGUCAGACGCAGAUCUUAUCUGGAGAGAGCAGAUUUAAGAUUAACCGAAGGAUCUGUCUAAUGUCUAUUGAAGGUUACACUCUAAUGAGCAUCUGACUCCUACAUGUAGUCAGAAAACACAGACUGGGAUUUCCUGGAGCCGCGUUAAUGUGUCGUGUCUUUUCAGAUGCCACUCAGAAGUUCAUACAGAUGCAGCACGCAUACACGCAUGCCAAUAUUCUCUUCAAAUAUCUUAUUAAGAACUCCACAUUUGAUCUUUUGCCAUUUUUAUUACAUAAAAGGAGUCUUGACAGAACCAUCAGUCGUUGUGUUUAGCAGUUUCGAAGGCAAGCGGUUGCAGUUUUGCUCCCUCCCCAACUUUGUUUUUGAAAAACCAGUUUCCAAGUAUCAUGGUUUAUUGAAGUUCAGUGUCGGUAAAAUAUGUAAUUGUUUUUCAUCUCCCGCUUUGCUUGUGUUUGCUGAAAUAAAUCAACUCUACCUGGUCAAAAUGGAAUUCAUGCUGUAAAAUGGAAAAUUAUAAUUUUUUUUAGCACUUAAUGUGAAAGUUGCAUUGUAGCUGCUGAGACGGCAUGGUGUGAAUAGAAUAACCAUUUUCAUUAUUUAAGUAGUUACACAAAUAAAAUAAUUAUUUAAGUUCUUCUAUGUUGUUUUUACCAUUGUACUGUAUGUGACAAUUUUUUUAUUCCUGUAUUGUAAAUAAAACUAGGGAUAACUUUGUUUCUCUACAGAAAUAUCAAUAUGUCUAUUAAAAUUUAUAGCAUGUCUGAAA